CUGGGUGGUUAUUCGAGUCGAUUCGAUCCGAUUCGAGUCGAUUCGAGUCGAUUCGAGCCGAUUCGAGCCGAUUCGAGUCGAUUCGAGCCGAUUCGAGCCGAUUCGAAUCGAUUCGAAUCGAUUCGAAUCGAUUCGAAUCGAUUCGAAUCGAUUCGAAUCGAUGAAAAAUUGGGGUUUUCGCCUUCACAGUUACUUCUGGGUGGUUAUUCGAGUCGAUUCGAUCCGAUUCGAGUCGAUUCGAGUCGAUUCGAGCCGAUUCGAGCCGAUUCGAGUCGAUUCGAGCCGAUUCGAUCCGAUUCGAGUCGAUUCGAGUCGAUUCGAAUCGAUUCGAAUCGAUUCGAAUCGAUUCGAAUCGAUUCGAAUCGAUUCGAAUCGAUGAAAUUGGGGUUUUCGCCUUCACAGUUACUUCUGGGUGGUUAUUCGAGUCGAUUCGAUCCGAUUCGAGUCGAUUCGAGUCGAUUCGAGCCGAUUCGAGCCGAUUCGAGUCGAUUCGAGCCGAUUCGAGCCGAUUCGAAUCGAUUCGAAUCGAUUCGAAUCGAUUCGAAUCGAUUCGAAUCGAUGAAAAAUUGGGGUUUUCGCCUUCACAGUUACUUCUGGGUGGUUAUUCGAGUCGAUUCGAUCCGAUUCGAGUCGAUUCGAGUCGAUUCGAGCCGAUUCGAGUCGAUUCGAGUCGAUUCGAUCCGAUUCGAGUCGAUUCGAGUCGAUUCGAGCCGAUUCGAGCCGAUUCGAGUCGAUUCGAGCCGAUUCGAGCCGAUUCGAAUCGAUUCGAAUCGAUUCGAAUCGAUUCGAAUCGAUUCGAAUCGAUGA